GUCGACAACGUGGAGCACAGCAACUGCGCGCAGGUUGACAGCGUGGAGCACGGCUAUGGCGCCCAGGUCGCCAGCGUGGAGCACGACUAUGGCGCCUUGUUGACGCAGGUCGACAACGUGGAGCACGGCUAUGGCGCCCAGGUGGUUGUGGUUCUGGUUGUUGUUGUGGUUGUUGCUGUUGUUGUUGUUGUUGUUGUUGUUGUUGUUGCUGUUGUUGUUGUUGUUGUUGUUGUGCAGGUCGACAACAUGGAGCACGACAAUGGCGCCCAGGUAAGUACCGCUGACGCAGGCCCGCACGGAGUAGUACCGGAUCGGCCCAUCCGCCACGAGAUCGUCCUCGAGGACGGGGCCGUACCUCCGCGCGGCUGCAUCUACCGAAUGAGCGAGGAAGAGUUAAGUGUGCUCCGUGCACAACUCGACGAUCUUCUAGAGAAAGGUUGGAUUCGGCCUAGCUCAUCGCCAUACGGUGCGCCUCUCCUCUUCGUCCGGAAGAAGAACAAGGACCUGCGGUUGUGCAUCGAUUAUUGCAAGCUCAACACGCAGAUGAUCAGGAACGCCGGCCCUCUCCCACGCAUCGACGACCUUCUCGAGCGAUUGGGCGGCGCCCAGUUCUUCUCUAAGCUGGAUCUCAAGUCAGGGUACCACCAACUCGAGAUUCACGAGGAGGAUCGCUACAAGACCGCGUUUAAGACACGGUAUGGGCAUUUCGAAUGGCUGGUCAUGCCGUUUGGCCUUACGAAUGCCCCAGCCACUUUCCAAGCUGCUAUGACAACGGAGUUCCGACACAUGCUGGAUCGGUUUGUACUCAUCUUCCUCGACGACAUCUUGGUGUAUARUCGGAGUUUGGACGAGCAUGUGGAACACCUGCGCACCGUUUUGGAGCGGCUACGACAAGCCAAGUACAAAGCAAACCGCGACAAGUGCGAGUUCGCACAGCAGGAGCUGGAAUACUUGGGACACUAUGUGAUGCCGCAAGGCAUCCGUCCGCUUGCGGACAAGAUCGRGGCCCUACGAGUAUGGCCCGAGCCCACCAACACCACGGACGUUCGUUCAUUCAUGGGAUUGGCGGGCUACUAUCAGCGAUUCAUCACCGGAUACUCCAGAAUUGUUGCACCUAUGACGACGUUACAGUCGCCAAAGGUGCCAUUCGUAUUCGAUGAUGCCGCACGUCGGUCAUUCCAAGAACUUAUGCUCAUGGCACCCGUCCUUAGCAUCUAUGGCCCCACCCUGACGACGCGAGUGACUACGGGCGCUUCCGGCUAUGGCAUUGGGGCAGUCUUGGAGCAACAUGACGGCGAUGACUGGCACCCUGUGGAGUAUUUCAGCCACAAAGUGCCUCCCAUCAACUCGCUUGAUGAUGCAAGGAAGAAGAAGCUGCUCGCAUUCGUCAUGGCUCUCAAGCGCUGGCGGCACUUUCUCCUUGGGCGUCGUAGGUUCACAUGGGUCACGGACAACAAUCCAUUGACUUACUACAAGACGCAGGAUACGGUGAGCAGCACGAUCGGACGAUGGAUGUACUUCAUCGACCAAUUUGACUUCAUACCGAAACAUCUGCCCGGCCUCUCAAAUCGCGCAGCAGAUGCACUCUCGCGAAGACCCGAUCUUUGCGCUAUGACACAUCAUGCCUUCGCUUUCGACGAGGAGCUUCAGCGACACUUCAUCCGGGCAUAUCAGUCUGAUCCGGAUUUCGGCACGCUCUAUGCACAGCUAUCUUCGAAUCACCCGCCGGCCAGCCAUUAUCGCAUUGUCGACGGGUACUUGCUCCUCCACUCGAGAGGCAAGGACUUACUAUGUGUCCCAUGCGACCGUCGUCUUCGGACUCGCCUCAUUGGCGAGUAUCAUGAUUCACGACUCGCCGGCCAUUUCGGAGUCAACCGCACUAUUGCACGGCUUCGACAGCGAUUCCGAUGGCCCGACCUCAUUACCGAUGUCACUCGGUAUUGCGACUCUUGCGAAGUUUGCCGAUGCAGCAAGCCCCGCAACCGCAAUCCCUACGGCGAGUUACACCCGAUGCCUAUCCCAUGGGAACCCGGUCUCUCCAUUGCCAUGGACGUCACCGGUCCGUUUCCUCGCGACCGGCUCGGGCACGACGACAUCCUCACGGUUGUGGACCGAUUGAAUCCUGUUGAUGAUAGAGCGGACAAUAGGAGACUUACACAUUCAGAAGCAUUAAGGGUUCCGCACGUGUUCAGGACCUUGGACGAGGGAGAAGGAAGACGGCUUCGUGCCGAACGUAGAGCCCGUGCUCUAGCAGCAGGACUACAGGAAGCAAACGGAGUAGCAAGAGAGCGGGCAACAGAAGCCAGAGCAGCAGCAAUGGCUAAUGGUACCAGCUCUGCUGCGUCAUCGUCUGCGUCCUCGUCAGGGACUAGUGGGACUCAGUUGGGAAUGCCACUAAGUUCCACGAGUUCCUCGGGCACUUCCGGUUCAACAGGGUCUAGACAGUCUUCUAGUCAAAUGGCGGGCUCGCAGUUCAGCCCGUUGACCCCACGUGAGAGGGAGCUCAAAGAGAUCCAGCACGUCGAGAGUCUCCGCCAGCAGUUUGAGGAGGACCUGAAAAAGGCAACAGAUAGAGAAAGAGAGAUAAAAAGUAGAGCGGCCAGACUUGAUACGUUAGAGGCUGACAAGGCUGCGUUAGAGGGAUUGGACGAAACGGGUUUGUCUGACCCCCUGAAAGUGUUGAAGAACAACAUGUUGUCACUGCAUGUGCACGUUGACAGCAGGAUGGACUUCAUGCAGAGCACUUUGGACCAGAUCCUGGAUGCAUUGACGAAGCCAGGAUUCCGGCCACCAGCACAAUCACCGUUGCUGUUAACGGCGAUGUCAGACCCCUUUCCCGUACAAGUUGGCACACAGCCAAGUGGUAUGUCUGCAGCAGUCUCACAGACUGUUGCAUCUUCUUCUUCGGGUCCAGCGGUGGUUGCUACACCACCGCAACAACCUGUUUCUCAACAGGGACAGCAGCAAGGUCAAUGGUACCCCAAGACCCCAAUGAAACCGCCUCUUGCCUUCUCAGGCGAAAGGAAGGACGAGGAACUCAACACAUGGUUGAGGACGGUCCGGGUUUGGGUGAAGGCCAAAAGGACCUUGCCAGAGGAUGAAGUGGUAACUACGGCAUCUGACCUAGAGGGUAAGGCAACCAAAUGGUUAGAUGGAGUAGUUGUGAAGGCCGGGUAUGGGCGACGCAUGGCGGACAGGGCCAAGUCUUUGACUCUAGACCAGUUCAUGGAGAUGGUAGAAGCUCGAUGGCAUAACCCACAGGAGGCGCAAAGGGCUACUAAUGCCAUAAAUAAACUAGACCAACGCAAGUUCCGGUCAGUUAGAGAGCUUACGACUACCGUUGAGAGCCUGAUCCUAGUCCAGGGCAUCAACUACAGUGACCAGUUCCUGUUAACUACUUUCAUUAGAUGUCUUCCAGAGAACAUCAGGAACUUACUAGCCAGUGAGGCACGCACCGAGUACCACUCAUUUGAGACAUUGUCUAGGAAGGCUUUAGAUUUAGAGGCCACGCUAGGCAAUGCUCAACCCACCUCAGGAAAUGACUCAAAGAAGAAGAAGAGUCCCCAGGAGUGGAAGAAGAAGGGGGCAAAGUUGAUGAUGGUGGAGUCCGAUGGGACUCAAACUGAGAUCGACGAGCUCUCUGACCUGGUGGACUAUUCUGAGUAUGACGGCGAGGAGGUAGCUGAGGGUAGCACCCUCGCCACGGUAGUUAAGACUAAGGCGGCAGGCCGAGGAAAGGGCCAGCCUAGGGGUCAAGGAAAGGCCGCCUCCAAUCAGACCAAACAGGCUGAUUGGGUAAAGGCAGGUCUUGAUCGAGACGUGUGGCGUGACCGCCGAACGCGUGGUGCUUGUAUCAACUGCGGGCAAUACGGACACACGCAGUACAAGUGCCAGAACGCUAAGGACUGGGUACGACACCUUAGUAGACCUGUAGCAUCUUCUUUGGCAAACAAGGAGCGCAUGAUAGUGACCGACUACAUCAAGGACGUAGUUUGUACCUUCUCCUAUGGAGGAGGUGAGCUUAACCAUAAGAUCUUGUUCUUGGUUAGCGACGACUUGCCAUUCGAUAUGCUGUUAGGCAUGUACUACCUCGAAGUUGCUAAGCCCCAGUUCGACUGGGAUAAGAAGGUGCUCAAACACAAGUUGCCCGAUGGCCGAACUGUCAGAUUGACCAAGUUCAAAGCCAGUAGUAUUAUAGAUACCUAUGGCUCCUUGUGCGCAUCAGCGUUCUACAAUUACUACAAGCAAAACCAAGAGGAAGGGAUGUACCUUGUUUAUGUCUCGGAGAAAGGGGAGGCCGUUAAAACACCCCCAGAGAUAGAACUCGUCGUUGCUCAGUUCCCUGAUCUGUUCGAGGAGCCCACAGGAGUUGUCGAUAGGGAAGUCGUCCACGCUAUARAAAUCAUUCCAGGGAUCGCCUCUCCUUUGACUGAUCUAACUCGACUUGACACACCGUGGGACUCGAGUGAUGAGUGCGAGGGUGCUUUCAAGAGAUUGAAGCAUGCACUCAUGAAUCAUGAAGUUCUCAUGGUUCCUGAUCCGCAGAAGCCAUUCAUAGUGACCACUGACGCAAGCCAAUACGACAUUGGCGCAGUGCUGGCUCAGCAGGAUAGGAAAAAGUUGAGACCGAUUGAGUACAUGAGUAAGAAGAUGCCAUCGAAGAAGUUGGCUAAGUCCACCUACGAAAGGGAACUCUAUGCUCUCUACAAGGCACUUAUCCAUUGGAGACACUUCCUUUUGGGAAGGUCGACAGCGUGGAGCACGGCUAUGGCGCCCAGGUCGCGAGUGUGGAGCACGGCUAUGGCGCUGACGCAGGUCGACAGCGUGGAGCACGGCUAUGGCGCCCAGGUGGUUGUGGUUCUGGUUGUUGUUGUGGUUGUUGUUGUUGUUGUUGUUGUUGUUGUUGUUGUUGUUGUUGUGCAGGUCAACAGCGUGGAGCACGGCAAUGGCGCCCAGGUCGACAGCGUGGAGCACGGCAAUGGCGCCCAGGUCGACAGCGUGCAGCAUGGCUAUGGCGCCCAGGUGGUUGUGGUUCUGGUUGUUGUUGUGGUUGUUGCUGUUGUUGUGGUUGUUGCUGUUGUUGUUGUUGUUGUUGUUGUUGUUGUGCAGGUCGCGUGGAGCACGGCUAUGGCGCCCAGGUCGCCAGUGUGGAUGUACAGGUCGCUUGUGUGGUGCAUGGCUAUGGCGCCCAGUUAAGUACGGCUGACGCAGACCAGAACAAGAACCGACCUCUUCAAUACAAAGUACAAGAUAACACAGCGGAAGACUUCGAUACGAAUGAUCCGAACAAUCAAUAUUGCAAUGCAGC